AUGGCGGCCCAACACUCACCAUGGCGCCCCCGAGUCACCCUGCGCUUGGUGCUGCCCAUCGUGGCCCUGCUGGCCAUCUCCCUGGUCGUGAAGCCCUGUGAUGCAGCCCUCCGCACUUCUGCUCUGCUGCCGGCGGCAGCUGCGGCGCCGGCGCCGGCCGCCGCACGCCCCGCCGCACCCGCGGCGGCCGCGGCGGCGGCUGUGUCCGGCUACUCGGUGCUCGGCGGCGCGCAGCAUGUGAACCUGCUGCACCUGGUGCCGCAGCUGCUGGGGCUACGGGAGCAGAAGCCGCUUGCGGGCGCGGACGCUUUCGGCAGCAGUGAUGGGCUGGGUCUGCUUGGCGGCGGCGACGCCAGCGGCGGCGGUGGCGGCGGCAAGCAGACGCCCCACAAGAACCUCUUCCCCCUGGACUGGACUGACAUUGCUAUGCUGGCACUCACGCUGAUCACGCUCAUCCUUGCCGCCGGCGGCGGCAUCGGUGGAGGCGCCAUCUACAUGCCGCUGUUCUGCGCCCUGGGCGGCUUCAACUCCAGCCAGGCCGUCGCACUCUCGAACGUGACCAUCGUGGGCGGCGCCAUGGCCAACUUCAUCAUCAACGUGCAGCGGAGGCACCCCCUGGUGUCCACCGCGCCCCUCAUCGACUGGGCGCUGAUUCUGAUCAUGGAGCCGACCACGAUCCUGGGCGCCGUGAUUGGGACAUACGCCAACAAGGUGCUGCCUAGCGUGGCGACAGUGAGCCUCAUGACGAUCCUGCUGUCCCUGCUCACCAUCAACCUCUGGCGCCGCGCCAUCAGCAUGCACACCGCCGAGACCCGCGCGGAGCCGCUGCUCGGGCCGUCGGGCCGGGCGGACGGCUCCGACGCGCCCGCGCCCGCCGCCGGCCGCGCGAACGGCGCCGGCGACUCAGCGCCCGGCAGCCUGCACCUGCCGAGCGCCCUGGCCGAGGCGGCGUCGGCCGACGACGCCAACGGCGCCGGGUCGAGGAGCGCUGAUGUGGACAUCACUAUCUCCGCGGAGCCCAACGGCGCAAACAGCGCGGCCGCAGACAUCAAGGCGGCCGCGGCCGCCGCAGGCGUCACUAGCAGCGUCACCGAGGGCGGUAAGGUGACGCUUGACGAGGUCAACUAUGACGACGCCGACGAGGACGCGCCGACGCUGGUCAUCGCGCGCCCCGAGCGCAGCGGCGCCGCCGGCGGCCCGCGCGUCGUGCUGCCGGCCGUGCCGUUGAUCGUGCUGCUGCUGCUGAGCGUGGCUGUUGCGGCCAGCGACGAGGCCAAGGCGUACGUGCAGUGCGGCACUUGGCGCUACUGGCUGAUCGUCCUGGCCGUCAUCCCCCCCUCCAUCGCCGUCAUGCUGCUCACGCGCCGCCACCUGCUGCGCCGCGCCGCCCAAGUGGCGUCCGGCGGCAGCCGCGUGCUGUCGCGGCAGUUCCAGUCGUUCACGGGCGGCGUGGGCGGCGUCAACAUCAAGUACAACCCCAAGAACACCCUGACGUACCCCGCCGUCUGCACCCUGGCCGGCGUGAUCGCCGGCAUGUUUGGCCUGGGUGGCGGCGUGAUCAAGGCGCCCCUGAUGCUCGAGCUCGGGGUGCUGCCGGAGGUCGCCACCGCCACAUCCACCACCAUGAUCCUCUUCACAGCCUCAUCGGCCUGCAUCGUCUACAGCAGCUUUGGCCUCAUUCUGUACGACUACGCCGCCGCCCUGCUUCUCCUGGGGAUGAUCGGGUCCGCGAUUGGCCAGGUGGGCGUCAACCGCCUGGUGCGCUACCUGGGGCGCAGGAGCCUCAUCAUUUUUACGAUGGCCUCUCUGGCGUACGGCAACUGGGAAGCUGUGCUACUGAAGGGCCUCAGCUCUCUGCACUGGGGCAACAUCUGCGCCGCUGGCGGGGAUGUCUGA